CACUUAAGCACGACAUUGCCCUCAAUGGAGCAUAGGGAGAGAGAAGGGGAACGAUGUUACCGGAUUGAAAUGCUGCAGGAGACUGGUAGUGGACCAGUCAGCGGGGAACAAAUGGAACGAACGGGCAGUUCUGCACUAAGGGAACAUCAAGAACACACUAGCACACCGUGCGUUAGGGAUCAGAGUUGACCAGAUGGCCACAAAACAAACAAUCCACAAAAGAAACCAAAAGGACAAAAACAAACGACAGACUCAAUUCAAGCUCCUCAAACAACAUAGACCCUUUAGUUUGCAUCUAUUUCUUUCCUUGUUUGUUUGAACUUGAUGAGUGCCUCGAUCAAGAUACAGUUAAUGAAAUAGUGGGAUGAGUUGAUGGGAGUGAAUAGUGGGUGUUCAGACAUGUGGGAAGGGAAAACAUCAAAACAAUGUAGCUUACUAGCUUGGGGAAUGGUUUGAGGUGAUGGACGAAGAAGCAGUAGGGUUGGGGUCUAGGGACGUGAAGAGAAAUAAAGAAGGAAAAGGCCACACGACCAAGAGAGAGAGGGGAGGAGUAGAGAGUUUGGAAGAUUAUUGAUUAAUUGUUGGUUAUUACUUAAUAUCCAAAAUAAAAAUCAUACGGAGACUUAUAGUAUCUGUUCCUAACAACUACUACAGUCUACAAGAAUCCCAUAUCUCCCAAAUAUUACCAAGAAUCAUCAAAUCCCCUAAAAUCCAAUUGAAUAUACUCAAAUAAUAAUGAUAAUGGCGUACUUAAAAUAAUAAACUGGUGACACGUCAUCAAUCUGUGCAUCCAUCAAUCCCCAUCACUUCAGAACAAUCUCGCUCUCAAGGUUGAUGAUCCAUGUUGGCCUUGCUAGCUUCUGCCGCCACUUCCUCUGCUUCGGUUGGCCCCAGUCGGAUCAAACAUGGGAUUGAACCAAUCCUGGUGGCCAUGGUCGAUUCAGCCCGUCGCCUUGAUUCCAUCUUUGGUCGACCCUCGAUGUCCCUCCACCACUAUGCCCAACAUGACAGGUCGGUCGUCUCGUGUGCACCGCCACCUUUGCCUCCGCUCCGGCUCCUUACCCGGUCUUCUCUUGCGGCGCUUUCCUUGGAGGAGGCUAGAGAAUUUCAGCGGUGGUCUCCCGCCUGUCCAACAAUGACCGUCGCAGCAUACCUAUUGCCCAGGUUACCCGUCGCCGCCACGCCGCUAUUGUCGCGGAGUGUCAAGGUGGCCUAUAUCAGGGCUGCAAAUCCAUGUUCCAUGAUAGUGUCUGGUGACCCACGACCUUGUCCUUGCUCCGCGACUGCCGUUGUCUUUUGUCCUUGUUCCAAUAGCUUGUCCAGUUUGGCCAUCAGACCCUCUUGUCCUUCAGCCAGUUGUCCGAUUUUGGCGUACACCACCCGAACGUCUGAGUUCUUCUUGCACGUGGGCUAAUCCAAAUGAAGGCGUCUGCUAUCCUUUCGUCUUGCUCAUGUUUCUGGUCUCUACUGUCAUAAAAUCGUCACCCUAAACAGACUUUGACCAACUAAUGAAUGCUUGCUGCUGUUGCUUGCUGCUGCUUCCAUGAAUUACGCGAGCUGUCGUCUGAAGUUGUGCUGCUCUUUCAAGUUCAACUCAUUGCCAUGCUGCUCUCAACACCGCCAUCACAAAAGAAGGAAGGAAGCGCAUGAGGUUAUUGGAGGAGAAGACAUCGACAUGCCACAUCGAUCGAAGGCAUUCCUUAAAAUUGAAUUAUCGAGUGGCGCUGACCCAAAUAAAUCAACCAAAUGCAUGGAAGUGUGGCGCCAUUUGUUUGUAAAUAAAACGCACAGGGCAGGCAGCAACAACAAGAAUAAUAAUAAUAAUAUUUAAUUAAUACGUGACAUCCUCAUAUUGUCGUGUCGUUUAAUUUGGAAAGCUAGUAAUCAACGUUCAAAUUUUUU